AUGAUAUUUAGAGAUGAUAAUACAGAAACAAGUAAAGAUUCAAAGGAAGAAGAACCGACCAAAAUAACACCAUUUCAUGUAGAGAAUAAGAAUAAGAAAGCAAUAAAUUAUGAUCAUGUCAUUGAAUUGUUCGGUUGUCUUAAAAUACAGCACAGUUUGUUUGAAGAAUUUAGUCGAAUUACUGGUAAAAAGCUUCAUAGAUUUAUGAGAAGAGAGUUGUGUUACGCACAUAGAGACUUUAAUGUGUUAUUAAAACAUGUUGAAGAAGGAAAGAAGGUUUAUUUGUAUACUGGAAGAGGACCAAGUAGCAAAAGUUUACAUCUUGGACAUUGUUUACCGUUUAUUUUGUGUGUUUAUUUUCAGAAGAUUUUUAAAUGUCAUGUUGUGAUUCAAAUCACUGAUGAUGAGAAAUAUCUCUAUAAGGAUUUUAUUAAAUCUAGAGAACAAAUUAAAGAAUAUGCAAUUGAGAAUAUUAAAGAUAUUAUUGCAUUUGGAUUUGAUCCUAAACUCACUUUUAUAUUCAUGAAUAGUGAGAGUAUGCCAAUAUUAAUAGAAAAUUAUUUAAGAAUUUGUAAAGUAACAAAAGUUAGUGAAAUUUUACCAGUUUUUGGUUUUGAUGAUAAAUUAACUAACAUUGGAAUGAUAAGUUUUCCUGCAUUGCAGAUGGCUCCAGCAUAUGCUUCUACUUUUGACUUUUUAGAUAAAGAUGCAUUAUGUUUAAUACCGUGUGCUAUUGAUCAAGAUCCUUAUUUUAGAUUAGUUAGAGAUAAAGCUGUUAUUUUAAAAGAAAAAAAACCUACUUCAUUGUAUGUUAAAUUACUUCCUGAUUUGUGUGGUCAUCAUAAGAAGAUGAGCAGUUCAACUGAUAGUACUCCAAUAUUUUUAAAUGACACUAAGGAAAUGAUAGCUAAGAAGAUUAUGAAUAAUGCCUUUAGUGGUGGACAAGCUACUUUAAAAGAUCAUAGAAAAUAUGGUGGUAAUCCUGAAGUUGAUAUGUCAUUCCAUUAUCUUAGAUACUUUUUAGAAGAUGAUAAUGAAUUAGCUGCUAUUAAGGAAAGUUAUUCAAAAGGAAUUAUGACAUCAAUUGAAUUAAAAAAGAAAUGUAUUGAUACAAUCACUGAGUUUGUAGAAAACUUUAAAAAAGAAAGAUCUAAAAUUGAUGAAAAGAUCUAUAAAAUAUUUACUAAGAAAAAAUAA